AUGCCACCCAAAAGAAAAUCCACCGAGGCGCCAUCUGCCGAUGCCCAAAAACGAGCCAAAUCCGCCCAGGACACCCCCGCCCACCUUGCACUUGGACUCCCGCGUAACCCGCGCAUGACUCCCGGGUCCGCGAGUGCAGAGACGGACGUCGCGUGGGUGACACUCAUGCAGGACCCUGCCAAGGCUUUUGAAUACAUACCUCUAGCUCCGACACACUACGGAUCCAAACGCGACCCUUUGGACGAGGGUGAUGAAUCCGAAGAUUCGGACGAGGACGAAGACGGCGAGGAUGGCGAGAAAGAUAAAGACAAGGCCCAUCCAGAUGGCUCGAAGCCCUCCGACGAAAAUCCAGACCAGGAAUGGGUUAUCACAUACGCCGGAUUUCAAAAGUGUGUGUCGGCGCAACGUCUCAGCAUACCCCGUGACCCGGACGAGAUGACGAUGUACACAUUCAACGACCACUAUGCGUACGGCACCCUAGAGCUUGUUGAGAAUUUUAUGCUGGACUUCCAAGCGGCAGGACUGGCAGAGAGUGGCUGGAAAGAGCAAUGGGCGUUGUGCGAGGGACUGGGUCUAUUCAUCCGUCACGGCUCGGCCGAUGCAAUGAUGCAAAUCGACGAUGGGGAAUGCGCGGUGGCAAUGUCCAAGCUCGUCAAGACUAUGUUCUUGAGUAUGCUGGCGACACUGGAGCGCAACGGAGUUCUCAAACCGGAUUCCGAGAUCAAGAAUCUUGGCCAUAUGAUGGCGCUCUGGCUGCGCCUUGCAGAAGAGCCUUGCCCGAUAUUUUUUGAGAUAAGGGAGUCGGAUGGGACUCGUCGCUUGGCGAGUAUUAUCAUGGCUUAUGCGAUGAAGUACGAUAUUGCGCUGCCGAAUCCGGGCAAUCUUGACUCCAUCAAGGCAAUUGUGGAACCGCGCGCUAAAAAGGUGAAGCUUCCUGCGCCAGAGUCUAAGAAGAAUGACCCUUGGGACUGGAAUAAGUCUCUGAAGAGUUAUGUGGGCAAGUUCGAGGUGCCGGCUUUUGCUUUCGCGCCGGGUCCUGUUGGUGGUGAUAAGCUAGAUGUCACAUCGUGGACCUCGGAGAGGCGCAAAAAGUAUGCUUUCGAUAAGAAAGAUCCUCUUACCGAGGAAAUGAUUAAGGAUCUGAGUGGGAAGCCCCCGAGCCCGGCGUAA